AUGAAUUGUCAGUCGGAAAUAGAAUCCAUUGAUCGAAAUGAUGAUUCCCGCGGUGAAUUGGAAGACAUUUGUGUUGGUGCAAAAGCACUUCUUAUUUCACAUGUCAAUAAAAGACGAAAGUCGAGUGCAAUUGACUAUUCCUUUAGCAAUCCACAUCAUUCACGACUUCCAAAAAUGUCUUUUCCUAAAUUCAGCGGAAAAUACUCCGAGUAUAAAAAUUUCAUUAGCCUUUUCGAAAGUUUAGUAGACAACGAUCCAACACUGAGCCAAAAAACAACCUUUAGCUUUAAGGCGUUCCAAAUUACCGAACAAAACUAUCCGAAAGCAUUGGCGAGUUUAAAGAAAGUCUACGACAAUAAUUGCUUAAUAUUUUUUGACAAUGUUUCAACACUUUUUGAAUUGAAAGAAAUUUCCAAACCAUCUGCGUCUUCAUUGCGAAGCAUGAUCGAUACAGUUUCUGCAAUUUAUGAUUCGCUUCUUUCAUUGGGUGAUGAAAAGAAUAUAACAAACGCAAUCAUAAUACAUUUAGUUAUGUCUAAGGUGGAUGCAAUCACAAGGUCAAAAUGGGAAGAACAAUUAGAUUUCAAUACUCUUCCUUUGUGGAAAGAUUGUGAAGAAGCUCUUAAUAAAAGAUAUCAGCAUCUUUCUGCUGAAGAAGCUUCAAGUUCAAAAUUCAUAUCUUCCGAUAAGCAAUCCAAACCUAACCAAGAUUCAAGUCGUUUCAAAAAUCAAAAGUCUUCAUUUGCUUGUGUAAACACGCAACAAAAUUAUUCCAAAUGCAUAUAUUGCAAAUCAAACGACCAUUACAUAACAACGUGUCAAAAUUUUACUUUAUUGCCUGUCCACCAAAGAUUCGAAUAUGCUAAAAGUGUUCCGAUUUGCAUUAACUGCCUUCGAAAAGGACACACAGUUUCGAAAUGCAAAAUGAGUCGAUGCAGCGUUUGCAAUCGAUCUCAUCAUACAUUACUGCACCAGUACGAAUCAACUUUUACUAGUUCACCGACACAAGCAUCAACAAGUUUUCAAGCUAUGCAUGCCUCUGUUUCGAGUGAUAAAGUUAUUCUUGCCACUGCAAUCGUGCAAAUAAAGGGCAGUUCUGGAGAAUAUAUGCCAGUCCGAGCAUUACUUGAUUCUCGCUCUCAAUUAAACUUCAUCACAGAAGAAUUAGCCCAAAGAUUAAAACUUCGAAAAGAAGAAAAACCUCUGAAUCUGCUUGGCAUUGGAAAGGCAAGUACUACGCCGGAUCAAGCAAUAAAUACUUCGGAUUGGAAUAUUCCAUCCAACAUUCAACUAGCUGAUCCGUAUUUCAAUAAGCCACAAAAAAUUGACCUACUUAUUGGAGCAGACACAUUUUUUGAAUUGUUGUCAGUUGGUCAAAUAAAACAAGGUCCCGAAUUUCCAACUAUUCAAAAGACACUUCUUGGUUGCAUAAUAUCUGGGAAAUACCCCAAGGGUACAAAUAAAAAUACCAAGCAUUGCAAUCUGGUAUGUCAGUCUGAAGAUUUAUCAGAUUUAGACGAAAAGAUACCAAAGCUUUGGUUAUUGGAAGAAAUUCCUGGAGAAACGAAAAAAUAUUUCACUCCAGAACAACAAUUGUGUGAAAAGCAUUUUGUUGAAAAUACAAAACUUUUGCCGACAGGUCGUUUUGAGGUAAAACUUCCAUUCAAAUUAUCCUCAAACUCGCUUGGAGCAUCAUUCGAAACUGCCAAACGCAGAUUUCUCGCACUUGAGCGAAAGCUAUCCAAAGAUAGCAUUUUGAGAGGCAUGUAUAUAGAUUUCAUGAAAGAAUACAUUGCGUUGGGUCAUAUGUCACCAACAAAUAAUGAAAUCCCAAAGGGCCCACACUAUUUCAUUCCACAUCAGUGUGUUUUGCGACCGCAAAGCACAAGUACAAAGUUGAGAGUUGUUUUCGACGCCUCAAGUCGAACAUCGUCUCAACUGUCACUGAAUGACACCUUGAUGGUUGGGCCAACCAUUCAAGAGGAGCUAUUUUCGACGUUGCUCCGUUUUCGUACCCACAAAUAUGCUAUUACGGCUGAUAUUACGAAAAUGUACCGGCAAGUUCUUGUUGCUGAAGAGCACACGAAAUACCAGCUCAUAGUGUGGAGGCAGCAUCCGUCACAACCACUGCAAAUCUUUCGAUUAAACACUGUAACGUAUGGUACAUCUCCGGCGCCAUUUUUGGCGAUACGGUGUUUAAAGAUGUUGGGCGAUGCUAACGAGUCUUCUUUCCCUACGGGGUCAGAUGUUAUUCGAAGAGAUUUUUACGUUGAUGAUCUCUUAACUGGUGCCGAUAAUCUCGAAACACUUAAAAUAAUGAAAUUCGAGAUUCAAGAAAUCCUUACAAAAGGAGGGUUUCAAUUAGCCAAAUGGUUUUCAAAUCAUCCAGAGUAUCUAAAUACUGAGAGUUCUGAAAAAUCAAUAAAUUUUAAUGAUUCAGACUACACAAAAACUCUGGGAAUUUGUUGGCACCCUAAAGAAUAUACAUUUAGCUUCAAUUUGGACAAUAAUUUCCAUGAUCUACGAGCUACUAAGAGAAACAUACUAUCAGUUUCCGCUCGUCUUUUCGAUCCUCUUGGUUUGUUAUGCCCCAUAGUAACCAAAGCAAAAAUCUUAUUACAAGAGCUUUGGAUAGCAAAAAUUGAUUGGGAUGAGUCGAUUCCAUUGCGCCUUGAUACCAGUUGGCAAAAUUGCAAAACUAAUUUAUCUCAACUUGGCGAGAUAAAACUACCUAGAUUUGUCGAAACUCAUUCGAACGCAAAAAUUCAAGUUCAUGGGUUUGCCGAUGCUUCGACGAGAGCUUACGCAAACAUUCUGUCAAGAGGCUGUAAUGUUGAAGAAAUCAAUGCGUCAAUAUGGUUCAAAGGUCCACAGUUCUUAUUGAACGAACAAUCAUCGUGGCCGGUCAAUUCGCAUUUUGAGUUGUCUCCAGAAGAUGAAGCCUUAGAAAAACGUAAAACAAAUAUGGUUCUCAUAGCAGUAGAAAAACCUCGAACUAAACUUCUAGAUUUUAUAGAAGAAGAAUCCUCAUAUACCGACCUUAUAACUACGUUUGCUUACAUAAUGCGAUUCUUUAAAAUAUCAAAAAACAAAACACAUAAAAUAUUGGAAGAAUUGCCAACGGCAAAAGAGAGAAACUUGGCGUUUCUAAGAAUAAUUGAAAUCGUCCAAAGUUAUGAAUUUCCAGAAGAAAUUGAAAAACUUCGUAGGAAAAUAACUCUUCAAAAUAGUAUUCAAAAACUAAAUCCGUUUAUUCAUGACUUUCAAGAAAACGAAUUUUCAUUUUCGCUGAUUCGUGUAGGUGGUCGUCUUUUGAACGCCCCAAUUGUAUAUGAUGCAAAAUUCCCACUUUUGUUAACCAAAAAUUCACCAUUUGUAAAAACGUACUUAACGUAUUUGCAUCGAAAAAAUUGCCAUGCUGGACCUCAAGCUAUGGUGGCAUUGCUUCGAGAAAAGAUUUGGCUAAUAAAUGCCAAAGAAGCUUGCCAAAAGGUUGUGCGACAAUGUAUUAAUUGCUUUAAGUACAAACCGAAAUUACUUACCCAAAUCAUGGGUAAUCUACCAGCGGAUCGAUUGCGAGCGCAACGACCUGUUUAUCUGUCGCCGAGGGAUUCCGAAGACGAUUUAUUGCGACAACGGGACGAACUUCGUAGGAGCUCAGACGAUCCUGAGGGAAAUCCGAGAGGAGUUGGAAGAAGGCGCAGAAGCUGUUCACCGAUACGCGGCAGAGGAAGGCUUCAGCUUCGCCUUGAUACCGCCCAGGGCACCGCAUUUCGGAGGUCUAUGGGAGGCGGUGGUCAAAGCGGCGAAAACGCUGUUACAGCGUACCGUGGCCAACGCACUCCUCACAACCGAAGAGCUACUCACCGUGGUGAUCGAGGUCGAGGCAAUCCUCAAUUCAAGGCCAAUCGGGCCGCUAAGCGCCGACCCCAACGACGGAGAAGCCCUAACCCCAGCGCAUCUUCUAAUCGGCAGCAGCUUACGAUCGCUGCCCCCAGAACCAGUGCUGGAACGGCAAACGGGCUGCUUGAGAAGAUGGCAGCUUCUAUGCUGGCUCAAGCAGCAGUUCUGGCUGAAGUGGUCCAAGGAGUAUCUGCUUGGCCUACAAGCUCGAUCCAAGUGGGUACUGGAGCAGCCCAAUCUCGUCGUGGGCAAACUCGUCCUUAUCCACGAGGACAACUCACCUCCUCAGCGGUGGAAAACAGGGCGAGUGAUAGGGGUCGUCGAAGGGCAGGACGGCAAGGUCAGGGUCGCUGA